GGGAAACUAAAACUGACACUGUUCACUAGAUUUUGCCCUAGGUAUACCAGUAUUGUCAUAAGUGGAACACAUUUCAUCCACCGUUAUUUAUUAUUAGCAUGUCUGAAGAAUCAACCAAGAGAAAGAUUGAAUCCGAGGGAAGUUCACUUGACGCCAAACGAACCAAAUCAACCAAUGAUGACCUCAGACAAUCAAUUAUUCAAGAAGUCACCAAGAAAUUGGAAUCCAGGAUUGACAAAUUAGAAUCAAGGAUUGACAAACUAGAAAGGGAGUUCGCCAGUGAUGACGAAGACGAUGAUUCUUACAAGGAAGGACAAACUUUGACUGACGACGAUAACGAUAACGAUGUAGCAACCAAAACAACCCCUACUGACCCUCCUCAAUUACCAAAAAGAGAAGGUUCGGUGCCUUUGCCAGCCGGAGAAACCAAGAAAGCUACAUUCGGUACCAGUUCAUUCAAAUUCACUCCGUCAAAACUUGGUUCUGAAACUCCGGUAUCCCCGCCUAAAACUAACAAGCCUGUGUUUGGAGCAACUACCAUGUUUGGCAAGUCGAUUGCCGACGACUUAAAGAAUAGACCAAGUGUAUGUGACACGUUACCUUCAAAAUUAGAAGCGUCCAAAUUAGAUUCUUCUUCUAGUCAAGAUGAUAAAACAAGUUCUCCUCCACCUAAAGUACCCAAAUUUGGUUCUCACUCAAAAUUUGGUAAUGCCUUCCAAGAAUCAUUGCACAAGAAGUCAUUUCUUGAUAGCAAUGAUACUGAAAAAGACGAUAAAUCUGCCACACCACCACCACAACAACAAUUCAAACAAGUAGAUUUAGCCCCAGUGCACCUAGCCACUGGUGAAGAAGAUGAAAUAUCACAUUUCAACUCCGUAGCCAAGAUCUUUGAAUUGGAUUUGACUGCCGUAAAUGAGGGUUGGAAAGAACGUGGAGUGGGACCAUUACACUUGAACCAGUCAAGAAAAGACCAAAAUCAAGCGAGAUUAGUCAUGAGAUCUCAGGGUUUGUUACGAGUAGUAUUGAAUUACAAAAUCACUAAAGACACUACUCUUUUGAAAGGAUUAGAAGCAAGUUUGUCUCCAGGAAAAUAUCUUCGUUUAAAUUCAGUAAAGGAUGGCAAACCAGUGCAAUAUAUGUUGAAAUUUUCCAAUGAAAGUUUACGUGACGAAUUAAUAGAGAAGGUUGAAUCUUUAAAGAGUCAAAUCAAGCAAGAAUAAAGCGUGUGUGUGUGUUUGUGUGUGUAUGUUAUGUAACAUUAAUCUUUGAUAAAUGCAAUACUACAAACUGUAGACCCUUUUACUCCCCCGAAUUGGAAACUGGGGUAGUUUAUCUUGUCCCAUACCUGUAAGUUGGUUCCUGUGGUUAUGAUUUUCACCAACUCGGUCUCGGUGAAAUUGCAUGACGUUAUAAGUAAGAUUGAGCCCUUGUUCAUUAAUUGUUCUACUUGACGAGCAUAUACGUCCAUUCCUAUUUCUCCGUCAAACUCUUGCAACGGAUCUUGGUUUAAGGCUAUAGCAUCCAAUGUUCCCUUGUCUAAAAGAAUAUCAAACUUGUUCUUUAAAAAAGGUGCUUCCUUUUGUAACAAGUCAACCUGUUCAAACUCAAAAUUGACGUCGCCGUAUUUCUUACCGGCUAUAUCCUUGGCGAAUUCUACAGAAUCAGGAGAGUAGUCGAUCCCAAUAAACUGAAACUCGCUGUCUCCUUCAUAUUCUUCAGAUAAAUCUUGCAGUAAUUGGAAUAACAAAUGGCCAUUACCAGUACCUAAGUCCAACAUACGAAUGUGCGGAGUUUCCGUCACCGGAAGUUCGCCGUCGUUUAGUUUAUCUAUCAAGAAUUGGAUCAUUUUGGAUUCAGCGUCUGAAUCAUCAAACCAACAUUCGCCAGUAUCUUCAUCAUUAUCUUGGAAAUUAGAUUGCUCCUUCUUAUAGAAGUUGUUCCAGUAUUCUUGUGUUCCAAGUUUGGAAGAGUUCAAUCGUAUAUCUUCAGUCAUCGCUUGGUGUG